AUGACUUUGGAGGUGGAUCUUGAAAGAGAAGGUAUUCACAAGAAAAGGCCACUCCUUUGUCUGAGCCUCUCUGACCUGCUCCUGGGGAUAUGCUGGCUCAUUGAUGCACUUCUCUAUGGAACUUCAUCAGCCAAUAAGGAUAUAGUCUGCUAUAACCUGCAAGCAGUUGGGCAGAUAUUCUACAUUUUCUCAUUUCUCUACACUGUCAAUUACAUCUGGUACCUGUACACAGAGCUGAGGAUGAAACACAACCAGAGUGGACAGAGCACAUCUCCACUGGUGAUAGACUGUACAUGUCACGUUGGUCAGAUGGCCAUCAUUAUGUCAAGCCUGAUGCCUCUACUAUUGAUGAUACCUGUAUUCUGUCUGGGCAAUACCAGUGAAUGUUUCCGCAACUUCAGCCAGAGUCACAGAUGUAUCCUGAUGCUUUCACCACCAUCAGCCAUGGCUGAACUCCUGCCUUCUGUCAACACUUCUGUCUGUAGUACACUUUAUUUUUAUGGGAUCACCGUUUUCCUGGCCAGCUUUGUUUUCAGCCUCCUCAUCAUUGUGGUCUUACUCAUUCAAGCACAGACACUGUAUAAGAGGUUUGUGAAAUCGACUGGCUUUCUGGGGAGUGAACAGUGGGCAGUGAUUCACAUUCUGGAACAGAGAGUGCGUUUCUACCCAGUGGCCUUCUUUUGCUGCUGGGGCCCAGCUGUCAUUCUGAUGGUCAUAAAGCUGAGCAACUCACAGGACACCAAGCUUCACAUGGCUCUCUAUGUUCUCCAGGCUUUAACAGCAGCAUCCCAGGGGCUGCUCAACUGUGGAGUGUAUGGCUGGACACAGCACAAGUUCCACCAACUAAAGCAAGAGGUUCGGCGUGAUGCAGACACCCAGACACCAUUACUGUGCUCACAGAAGAGAUUCUAUAGCAGAGGGUUAGAACCAUUGGAGUCUACCCUUGCUUGUGCUACCAACACCUCCACUAUUCUUUGA